AUGUCGUCAUACGAUACCAGUGCUAUGUAUAAUCAAACAAAUCAAACAGGGACAUGGGCGAACAGUGACUGGAUAAAAUAUUUGGAAUUUCGGGAACAGCUUUCUUUGGCAAAGACAAUUACAAUAGCCUUUUCCGCUAUUUUAACAAUCCUUGGCAAUACUUUGGUUUUGGUGGCGACCUGGAGAGACAGAAGCCUUCACCAACCAAACAAGUAUUUUAUUGCAUGUCUGGCUGUCGCUGAUCUUUUGGUUGGUAUGGUUGUAGCACCACUGAAUGCGUAUCAACAUUUUAAACCGGCACGUACCAUGUCUAUUCAUCUGUGUCGUUUUGCUGUGUGGGCAGAUACCUUCGCGCUAACAGCAUCAAUUUAUUCACUGACAUUCAUCAGCUUCGACCGAUAUUUAAAAAUUAGUAAACCACUAAAGUAUAAAUCACGAAUGACAACUUCCACAUCAUUAAAAGUAAUUUUCAUCAUUUGGUUAAUUUCAACUGGUAUUUCCACCUACGCCGCCACUCCUCAAUCAGGAAGCAAUGGAAUCUUGACCACUGCCUUCGGUUUUUGCACUGCCGAUCGUAAUAAACGCAAAGCAUUCUAUACGUUUGUGGAAGUAUCUGCGUUCUUCCUACCCACCGUAGUCAUACUGGCCAUGUACGCUCUCAUCUUUCUUGUUGUUCGUAAACGACAAAAGAUGCUGCGAAAUGGCGAACUGGGUCAGAGUUGCGGUGUUCCGAACCAGCGAUGUGCAUUUCUUAGAGAUCUGAAGGCUAUCCGAAUGUUGUUGGUUGUCGUUGGAGUGUUUAUACUUUGUUGGUCUCCUUUCUUCAUUUUUAAUGUGUUACACCUGUACUUUCCAAAUAUUGUUGAUUGGCGUAGCAGGUCAUUAAACUACCUGUGUUCGAUCUCAAUAACUGCGGCUGUAAUAACUUUACUACCGCUGCUUAACAGUCUAUGUAAUCCAAUAAUUUAUGCUUGUCUGGACAACAUAUACAGAGAGGCUUUCAAGAAUCUGUUUCAGCGAUUGAUGUGCCGAACAAGCUCAAGAACACGACCAACACCACUCGGAAUAGAGUUACGACCACCGAGACCAAGAUAA